AUGAACAAAAAAAUAGUUGAUGAAGAAAUUAUUCAUUUACUUGAAAUACCUUCCGGGUCGGAAGAUGGUUUUGAUAUUGAGAGUGACGUUGAAAAUGAUAAGGUUGAUUUAUGGAAUGAGUAUGCAAAUUUAUUAGACGAACCCAAUCUUGAGGAAUUUGAAAAACUUUUAACUGAACAAUUUAAUACUGAGACAAUUCUAGAUGAUAAAGUUGAACUUCCAAUUUUCGAGCCUCAAACUUCAGCUAAUGAAACUAAUAACACUGAUUUAUUUUUGCCCCCAACAUCUGAUAUUCCACAAACAACAUGUACAUUACCAAAACGUUCCAAAAAAAAAUGUCAUCGAUCCAAACGUAAUAAUCCUGUACCACCUAUUAUUCAAAAUCAUAUUCCGAUUGAAAUAAAAGAUAUAACAUGGUCAAAAAAUAAUUUUCCUCCUGUAGACACUAAUUUUCUCGGAAACUCAACUUUAGCAGAAGAUUUUAUGCAAUUAGAGACACCUUAUCAAAUAUUUAAAUAUCUUUUUACUGUAGACUUGAUGCAACAUAUUUGUGAUGAAACUUAUAAAUAUGGUUUACAAAACAGUUUAUCUAAUCCAUUAAAAUUGUCUACAGAUGAUUUACAAAAAUAUAUUGGGACACAUGGACCAAAUCGUGAUAAAACUCAUAAAAUAAGACCAAUAAUAGAAACAUUAAAAAAUAGUUUUAGUCGUGUUCCGUUAGAAGAACAUUUAGCUGUUGACGAGCAAAUGUGUAGCACCAAAGCUAGAAGCUCGGUCAAAGUUUAUAUGCCUAACAAGCCACAUAAGUGGGGCUAUAAAUUGUUCGUUCUUAGUGGUGCGUCCGGUUUCGCUUAUAAUUUUGAACUUUUUACCGGCCAAGAAAAUAAUUCAGAGUUACGAAAUAUAAAUGAACCAGAUUUAGGUUCCAGCGCAAAUGUAGUAGUUCGUCUAGCAAGAAUUAUACCUAAACAAAAUAUACUCUCCCUCGGUACUGUACGAAGAAAUAGACUCAAGAAUGUAAUGUUGCCCGAUGAUUCAAUUAUGCUAAAAAAACCCAGAGGAACAUAUGAUCAUUGUGUCACUAAUAUUAGAAAUACAGAUAUAGUCGCGAUAACAUGGAAAGACACGAAAAAUGUAAAUUUAUUGUCAACUUUUGCUGCUAUUGAGCCUGUUACGAAAGUUAGUAGAUAUGAUAGAAAAUUGAAUAAACGAGUAGAAGUAGAUUGUCCCCAUAUUAUAAAAGUAUACAAUACUCACAUGGGAGGUGUCGACUUAUUGGAUGGUUUACUUGGAAGGCACAAAAUUUUAAUGCGAAGUCGCAAAUGGUAUAUGCGAUUAUUUCAUCACUUACUAGACGUCACCAUCGUAAAUUCUUGGCUAUUACACAAACGAAUCCAAAAGCAAAAAUCAGACAACAAUAAUAUUUUGCCAUUAAUGGCAUUUAGAGAACAACUUGCCUUAAGUUUGUGCAAAUUUGGUGAAAAUAAUACGCCAAAACGAGGACGCCCAUCGAAUGAUAUUGAAACAGGUAUAAUAAAAAAAGGAAAAUUAGGUACAAAACAAAAAGAAAUGGCACCACCAAAAGAAAUUAGGACAGAUAGAUAUGACCAUUGGCCAAUGACCGGUCAAAAAAAAACUAGAUGCAAGAAACCUGGUUGUAAAGGAUUUACAUUUUCAAAAUGUGAAAAAUGUAAUGUUAGUUUGUGUUGUGGAAAAGGGUUAGAGUGCUUUACACAGUGGCAUACAGCAUAG